AUGGAUUUUUUUAACUCUGCACUUGGAAAAAACAUUACUUUUGUGCGGCCUCCUUAUUUUUUAAUAGCUGGUUUAAUUGGCAUUCCACAUGUAAAUUAUUACUAUGCUUUUCUUUUCGCUAUUUAUAUUGUGUCUGUUGUGGGUAAUGUCUUUGUGAUGGUAGUAAUAAUUUUGGAUCGUCGUCUCAGAACUCCCAAAUAUGUUGCAGUGUUUAGUUUAGCCAUAACUGAUCUGUGUGGGACUUGUGCUUUGGUGCCGAAAGUCAUUGACACUUUUUUAUUUCAGCAUAACCGCAUUCCCUAUAAUGACUGCUUAGCCUACAUGUUUUUCUGUUUUGUCUUCCUCUCCAUGCAGUCCCUUAACUUGGUGGCUCUGGCCAUUGACAGACUGAUGGCUAUUGCCGAUCCUCUUCAUUAUCAUGUCAGAGUCACCUUUAAAUUCAUGUUUGCUCUCCUGGGGUCAUUUUGGCUCAGUGUUGUCUUAUUAGUUAUGAUAUCAAGUGGACUUCUCACUCGACUCUCCUUUUGUGAAUCUGUUGUUAUCAAAAGCUAUUACUGUGAUCACGGUCCAAUUUACCGAAUUGCCUGCAACGAUGUGACCCCCAGUCGUGUGGUGGCAGGUCUGUGCCCAAUUCUGCUGCUGUGGAUUCCCUUAAUUUUUAUCUUAGCAAGUUACGUCUAUAUUUCUUACGCUCUGUCCAAAAUAUCUGUAGCACAAGAGAGAAUCAAAGCCAUCAAGACAUGCUCAGGUCAUCUUUCACUGGUGGCUAUUUACUACAUUCCAAUCUUAUUUGUUUAUCGUUUUGCAGCAAAUAUUCAUCCGAAUGUCAGGAUUAUAACAGUUUCAUUAACCACCCUUUUGCCCGCUAUGUUAAACCCAGCUGUCUAUGUUUUACAGACAAAUGAGAUUAGACAUUCAGUAAAAACGACCUUCAAAAUGAAAAAGGUAGCAGUGAAAUGA